AUGUUCAAGAAACGAAGCGUAAAGCAAGAUCAAAAAGCUACAAAGCGACAAAAGCUUGCUGUCGACCCUGAUACCGUACCAGACCCGUCUUCUUCACAAGGCUCUGUCCCAACUAUCUGCGACGAGAAGCUACAUAGUACAUGCUCAUCGCCCAAGCGAGACUCAGAAACUUCCCAGAGUGACGGCUCGAAGCCUGAGACACCUGCCGAUCCGUCUGACAAGGCCAAAUCGAACAAUUUAUGUGGUUCUGAAGACGCAGCAAUAUCACUGUCAAAUUUUCAUCCUGCCAAGAAAACUCAUUCCAACUUGAAAUCAACACUAUAUAUGGACUACCAGCCAGAUGUUUGUAAGGACUAUAAGCAGACAGGUUAUUGCGGCUAUGGGGACAGCUGCAAGUUUUUGCACGCCCGAGAUGACUUUAAGUCUGGGUGGAAACUAAAUCAAGACUGGAAAGUCGACCUCACCAAAGAAGAUUCUGCAAGGAUCGAAAGUAUUCCGUUCAAAUGUCUCAUUUGCAAAAAGGAUUACACAUGUCCAGUAGUCACUGGAUGCCAACAUUACUUUUGUAGUGUUUGUUUCAUGGAAAGAGCUAAAAAAACCACUAAAUGCUACGUCUGUUCUCAAGAUACUGGUGGAGUGGCCCGAAGUGCCAAGGAACUCAGUAAAAUACUAAAAAAGCAGGCUUCGUGA